AUGUCAAAUACAACGGUAACCGAUGUAGGCAGCACUGCUUUCCGAUGCAACGGGCGUCCUGGUGUUGCCGACGCCGCCACUCCAGACGGCCCAGCUGGACGGUCCAAGAUAUUCCAAGACGCAUGGUCAUUUAAAACGGGCGGCAGGGUUGGAGACGAUGAUAAUUGGGGCACGAAGGACUUGAACACCUGUUGUGGCAAGACGAACGUGAAGAUCCCAUCCGAUAUUGCAGCAGAAGACUAUCUUCUCCGUGCGGAAGCCCUUGCGUUAUAUACGGCUAGGAAAGCGAACGGCACUCAAUUCUACAUGACUUGCUAUCAAAUUACUGUCACCAGAGGCGGCGCAGCAAGUCCAUCUUUAGUCAAGUUUCCCGGUGCAUAUAGCGCAGCGGAUCCUGGGAUCAAGAUUAAAAUCCACGCGGCUUUGUCUUCAUACGUUGUUCCCGGCCCACCGGUGUAUUCGGGAGUCACAACGAAAUCUGCUGCGUUGGAACCGAAACACAAUCCGCAGGUGCUGUCAGCCCAUCAUCAACUGCGAAAACAAGUGCAGGUCAUAGGAGGAGACACUUGUAAUGGAAUAUGCAUUACGCUACUCAAUUUCGAGAGGGAAGUGAAGGUACUUAUUUGA